UUCAAACAAUCACCUUGCUUCCGAGGGGAUAGGUUUUUUGUUUUUAAAUUUGAGACAAUAAAUAGAAAGCAAUAGAACUGAAGUAUUCAUCCAAAAUGAAGCAGCUACAUCUACCAUUACUUCUGUUGUUUGCGGUUUUAUUUGAAACCAUAGCACAAGAGUGUAACAUAAAUGGCGUUUUAAAAUGCUGGAGUGGGUCAUCUGUGCCAGAAAUCAUGAGCAGGUUCAGAACUCCAGAGUUCUUGAAGACAUUGAAUGCCCAAUAUGCAACUGAGGAAUAUUGCAGUGCUCACAAAAAACUAGAUUUAUGCAUGCAAGACUACAGAGCUACUUGUCCUUCCGGAGACACUCUGUCACUGGACACCAUCAUAUCUGCUGGAAACUUCCUCUGCAAAGAGGGUAAACAAGGUUUCAUUAAUCAUUUCCACUGCUUGAUGACUGAUGCGUUUCAAACCAGUACAUUGACUUGUAUGAAUGAUAUGAUGGAACUGUCUAAAAAUGUCAGCGAGGCCAAUGAUAAUAGAUGGAAACUUUCCGAUGAAAAAUGCAGAACCUCAGAAGAGGCGCUUACUUGUAUUGAGGAGAAAACUAAGGUAGCAUGUGGAGAAUCAGCAGGUCAAUUUGUCCAUCAUUAUCUCGAGGCAACCCUUCAACCUUUGAUGAAAGGUGUUCAGUGUAACCACAGUCAUUCACCAAAUGAAUAUCCCUCCUCACAGAAUUUGAACAAUGUAAUCAAAACCUGUGCGAAAUAUUGUUAUAAAUAUCCUAACAGCUCUGAUACACACGUCCUGGAGAGCACGAAAAAGGAGAUGGAUAGUUGGUGUGAAACUAAUUGUAAGCUUGGAAACUGUCCUGAAAACCUCUGUACAUGUGACUGCCAAAUUCCCACACAGGUUCUUGUAUGUGAGCCAGUCUUGGCAAAAUUUGGCGCCAAAGAUGACGCUGCUUCCUGGUGUCUGAACACAUGCAAUGCCGGACAUUGUCCUGAGGAUUACUUUAAAUGUCAAAUUCUGUAUAGCCUUCCUAGACCAGUCACUGCAGGAUUAUGAUGUUCUAACCUUCCGAGUUUGAAGAGAAAUCCA